AAUCAGCAAUGUAUGAGGAUUUGAACUCACAUUCUUCCCAUUACUUGUCUGUUUUUUUUAACGCUUAUUAUUAUUAUUAUUAUUUUAGCACUUAUUUGUCUGUCUUUUCCCCAUUGAAUGGUCUUGUUAUCCUUGUUGAAAGUCAAUUGACUAUAAAUGUAAGGGUUUAUUUCUGGGCUCUCAACUUUAUUCCAUUGAUUGGUAGGUCUAUCUUUGUACCAGUACUAUACACUUUUUAUUAUUGUAACUUUAUAGUAAGUUUUGAUAUCAAGAAAAAUAAAGAUGUACCUUCUCUGUCUCAGAUGAUCCCACCUAACUUCAGCCUCUUCAACGUAGUCCUGGAGAUGAGAAAGCAGCGGCCUGCAGCUGUGCAGACAGAGGAGCAAUACAGAUCCUAUACCACACGGUGGCUCAGAUGUUCUUCUCAGCAGUCCAAAACAUCAGCCCUCUUUGCCAGAAUUUCAAGGAGAACUGUGCCCCAGUCUACGAUGAGGCCCUCUCCUUCCAGACUUCCCAGAUGCUUCCCACCACACGGCGCCCACCUGGCCAGGUCCUCAGGAACCUGCCCCAAGAUGACACUGGACCCAGGGAUCCCACUGCCUCUGCCUCUAAGAAGCAUCUCGGUGCCUGGGCCCCCGGCCCUCGCCAUGGCCGACACGUAUGCGGUGGUGCAGAAGCGCGGGGCGCCGGCGGGCACCCGGGCGGGGGCGCGGGGGCGCGGCGCAGAGGAGGGGCCGCUCUACAGCCAGGUGACGCCGCGCGCCCGGCUGCUGCAAGCGCAGGCGGUGAACGCGCGUGGGGUGCUGCCCAGCGGCGUUCCUGCUGACCAAAGCCCUGCUGGGCCUGACGCCUAUGAGGACGUGGUGGAUGGAGCUCAGAGUGGUGGGCUAGGCCACAUCUGCCAAGAUGGUACUGUAGCCAUUCCAUGCCCAGCUGGGAGCUUCAAACGCAAGAAGGAGACAUCCCACUCCAACACCAGCUUCUCCUCAGAAGUUCUCAGCCAGUGUCUGCAGUGCCCAGCAGGAUACUUCUGUCCUACUGGAGCCACCCACCCCAUCCCGUGCCAGCCAGGCACAUUUAGCCCGAAUCCAGGCCAGGAUGAAGCCACAGACUGCAUUCCAUGCCCAGCAGGCAGGGCUUGUACCCAGGCUGGACUGACUCAGCCAGAUGCGACCUGCACACCGGGGUAUGCGUGCCCUGUGGGCUCCUUGAGCCCCCAUGCUCCCACCCACGCCUGCCCACCUGGGACAUUCAGCAGCCGCAACAACCUCUCUGACCUGUUACAGUGUGAGAUCUGCCCUUCAGGACUAGCUUGUCCAAGGGGAACUGGGAGUCCAUACUGGCCCCCCAUCCCCUGCCCAGUUGGCCAUUAUUGUCCUCUGGGCACCAAAGAGCCGACCCAGUUCCAGUGUCCCCCAGGCACCUGGAGUAGCCAGACCGGACUGACAGCUGUUGAGGAGUGUGCGCCCUGUCCCCGGGGCUGGUUCUGUAGCGGUGGUGCCCAGCUGCCCUCGGGGACAUGCAAAGCUGGGCAUUACUGCCCGCAAGGUACAAUGUGGGGCACUCAGUUCCCUUGCCCAGCAGGCACCUACAGCUCUCAAGCAGGCAAUGGCCAGGUGGAAGACUGUCUCCUCUGUCCCCCAGGGGCCUUCUGCCCCAGUGGUGCCCCCAAGCCCAUGCUCUGCCCACGGGGAACCUCGCGCCAGAGUCCAGGUGCAAAGCUGGCUGUGGCCUGUGUCCUAUGCCCUAUAGGUCACCACUGCCCUGAACCAGGCACUGCCACUCCACUGCCGUGCAGUGCUGGCAGCUUCUCUGGUCCAGGCCACCUCUGGUGCCAGGAGUGUCCAGAAGGAAAGCUCUGCAACCAGACAAAGCUGGCUACUCCCACGGCAUGUCCACCUGGGCACUAUUGCCCAGCUGGGGGCCUGCUGUCCAUCCCCUGUCCCAUGGGCACUUUCCGAGAGGCCCCAGGGGCAGCCCAUGUGGAAGACUGCCAGCUGUGCCACCCUGGGACCUUCUGCGGUCGAACAGGCCUGGCCAAGCCCCAGGGGCUGUGCAGUCCUGGGCAUCACUGUGGGCCUGGUUCCAACACCUCCUCUCCGGAGGGCCUCCCCUUUGGUGAUCUCUGCCCUGCUGGCUAUUUCUGCCCCCCUGGCACCAAGGACGCCAGGCAGAGGCCCUGCCCAAUUGGCACUUGGAAUGUAGAGAGAGGGGCACAGGACCUGAGCUGGUGUCUUCCCUGCCCACCUGGACUCUUCUGUGCUGCAGCAGGCCAGGCUGCCCCCACGGGCCCAUGUGCACCAGGAUAUUACUGCCCAGGAGGGGCAUGGACGCCGAGACCUCUCAGUGGCCCAUGGGGAGACCUUGGCCCUGUGGGCCACAUCUGCCCUGAAGGCUCGCUGGAGGCUUCACGUCAGCCAGAUGGGCAGCACAACAAUAGAUCAGGCCAAGAGAGCCACCAGGAGAGGACCUGUUCCCCUGGUCCUUACUGCCCCCAGGGCAUUGGCCACUUCCCCUUGCCCUGCCCCCACAUCAUGCCCAGUCCAUGGCAGGGCAGGCCAUGUUUUGCAGGAGAUGAAGUCACCCACCAGGAGAGAUGCAUCCAUGCCAUGGCAGGGGGGCCCUGUCCUCCAGGCCACUUCUGUCCAGUGGGCACAGGGGUGCCCCUGCCCUGUCCUGUGGGUACCUUCUCAGAUCGAGGAGCACAAGGCCUCACAGAACAGGACUCCCACCUGGCCUGUGACCAGCAGAGGAGGGACAGAGAGGUUGCUGGCCAGAAUGAGGGCAGGAUGCUUCUCUCCAUGGCGUCAGAGUGCCUGUCCUGCCCCCCUGGCCAUUUCUGUGGUGCAUCUGGACUCACUGCUCCCUCUGGACCCUGUUCCCCUGGCUACUUCUGUCUGGAAAGAGCCUCCUCCCCAAUCCCAGCAGGUCAUUCACAUCCGGGGGGGCCCUGUCCCCGAGGCCACUUCUGCCCCAGUGGAACCAGCCACCCUCAGCCUUGUCCUCCUGGCUCCUAUAGCAACCUAACCGGCCAAGCCUCCUGCUUCGCCUGCCCUGCCGGCUACUACUGCCCUGAGAACAUCACCACCUACAGCGGGCACCCCUGCCCCGCCGGCUUCUACUGCCCCAGAGGCACCAAAUAUGCCACACAGUACCCCUGCCCUCGGGGCUACUACAACCCAGACCCACUGACCCAGAGCCUGGACAGCUGCCUGCCUUGUCCCCCAGGCCACUACUGUGGGCAAGAGAAUCUGACCCAGGCCUCUGGGCCCUGUGAUGCAGGCUGGUUCUGCGUGUCAGCAGCCUGGACCUCCCGCCCCUUCGACUUAGACAACUACACCAGCACCAAUUGCCUGUGCCCAGCCACGGCUACAGGGGGAAAGUGCCCAUCUGGAUCCUUCUGCCCCGAGGGUACCCCAGAACCCAUACCCUGCCUACCGGGCUCUUUCUGCGCCACCUCUGGAUUGUCCACUCCCAGCGGGCCCUGUCAGGCUGGCUACUUCUGUGCUGAAGGAGCAGUGUCCCCAGCUCCAGAGGACGGGCUGACAGGGGCCCCCUGCCCCCCAGGAACCUUCUGCCCUGCAGCAUCACAUAGGCCAACACCAUGUCCUGUGGGCACCUUCUCCAGCCUUCCAGAGCAGACCAUGCCCUCUGCGUGCCAGGUCUGCCCACGAAGCUUCUACUGCAAGGAGGCUGGUCUCCAGGCCCCCAGCGGGCAGUGCCCAGCAGGUUAUUACUGCGACUCGAGUGCUGGGCCCAUCCAAGACUUCCACCUAUAUCCUUGUCCUCAAGGCUAUUUCUGUCCCCUGGGCACAGCCGUGGCCACACUCCACAGGUGCCCAGUGGGUACUUAUGGAUCUCGGAGGGGACUAAGGAGCAUCACUGAAUGCCAGCUGUGUCCUGCUGGGAAAUUCUGUGCACUGGCAGGGCUCAUGGCACCAACAGGAGACUGUGCUGCAGGACACUGGUGUAAGGGAGGAGCCACCAGCAAGGACCCCACUGAUGGGACACAAGGCCUCCUCUGCCCUGCUGGGCACUACUGCCUAGAAGGAGCUCCUGUCCCCACCCAAUGCCCACCUGGUACCUGGUCUGAGGAAGGGAACAGAACCCCAGAAGGAUGUCAAGAUUGCUCUGGAGGGAGACUCUGCUCUGGCGGCCACCUGCCAAUCUGGCUGGCACCCUGCUACCCAGGCAUGUCCUGCACUAGGGGAACUGUCGCUACCACCCCCGUGGAGGGGCUCUCUGGGAGAUCCUGUCCCUCUGGGCACUUUUGUCCUCUGGAAAUGGCUGACCCCUCUCUGUGUCCUCCUGGCUCCUAUGCCUCUGGCACCCACACAGCAAAAUGUUACAUCUGUCCCAGCGGCCACUACUGUGUUCCGGGGUUGAGCCCACAGCUGUGUCCGAGAGGUUUCUACUGCCCUGAAGGGACAGGGCUUAACUGGCAGCCCUGCCCCCCAGGCACCUAUGGCCCCAUGCUGGGACUUAGUAGCCUGCCAGGAUGUCAAGCCUGUGACGGAGGUAGGUUCUGCCCCAGCGCCAAUGCUACAGAAGCCGGCGGACAGUGCUGGGAAGGUUUCUUCUGCUCCAGAGGGUCCACCCGGCCCAAUCCAGAGGCCGGCACUGAAGAGGAGGCUGGCCCAUGUCCUCAAGGACACUACUGUCCCAGGGGUUCAGCCGUGCCCCAGCCCUGUCCACCUGGCACCUUCAGCAUACACACCAAGCUCAGCUCAGAGGCUGCCUGCUCCCCGUGCCCUCCUGGCCACUACUGCGGCUCAGCGGGUCUCACCAGCCCUUCUGGGCCCUGCAGCACAGGCUUCUUCUGCCGCCACGGGGCCCUCGUGCCCAACGGCUCCCUAGGAGAAGAGACCAGUGGCCCUUGCCCUGCAGGGCACUUUUGUCCCCCAGGCACUGUUACCCCCAGGCCCUGCCCAGCCGGUACCUACAACAGGCUGGCCGCCCAGGGCCACUGUGAGUCUUGUCCUGAGGGUUUCUUCUGCCCGUCAAACACCUCCUCUGUGGUGGGGAAUGAGUGUCCUGCAGGCCAUUACUGCCCAGCCUCCACGUCCUUUGCUUCUCAGUUCCCCUGCCCCCGAGGCACCUACAGGCCUCAGAGAGGGGGUGUCCAGCAGUCAGACUGCACUCUCUGUGAUCCAGGCUCCUACUGCCUCCUGCCUGGGCUGGUGGCCAUAUCUGGGCCUUGCAGGGCAGGGUUCCACUGCAUUCAAGCAGCAGCUGUCCCCAACCCCACUGAUGGAAUCACAGGAGACCUCUGUCCUCCAGGCCACUUUUGUCCCAAAGGCAGCCCCAGACCCACUCCAUGCCCUCCAGGCUCUCUCCUGCCCAUCCCUGGGGCCACAUCUCAGGAGGACUGCCAGCCAUGCCCAGGUGGCUGGUUCUGCUCCAGGGCUGGCCUGAGCUUCCCAGAGGCCCCAUGCGAAGGAGGCUGGUUCUGCCCCAGGGCCUCUGUCUCUGGGCACAGUCCAGGGACUCUCUGCCCUGUUGGGCACUCGUGCCCCCCAGGAAGUCUGGAACCCCAGCUCUGCCCCCCAGGGCAGUAUCAGGAUGAACCUGGACAGAGCCUCUGCAAGAUAUGCCCGGCUGGAAAGUUCUGUUCCUUCAGGAUCCAGAGACCAGGUGCCAGGCCUACUUGGCCAGUGAACUGUCCUCCUGGCUACUACUGCCCUUUGGGUACCUGGAGUCCCACCCAGCACCCAUGUCCCAGGGGCACCUUCCGAGAAUGGCCUGGCGCACGCAGUGCUAAGGAUUGUAGGCCUUGUCCUGCAGGACAGUUCUGCUCAGAUUCAGGGUCCGGAAAACCCUUCCCAGAUGGGCUAUGCUCGCCAGGUUAUUAUUGUCCUCCUGGCCAGACUUCAGCCACCCCUACAUCUUUCCGGUGCCCCCGUGGCUUCUACUGUCCAGAGGGAUCUCCCCAGCCAAGGGCCUGCGAGAAUGGAACAUUCCAGCCCCAGGAGGCCAAGGGCUCUUGUGAGCCAUGCCCUGCAGGAUUCUACUGUGAAGCCUCAGGCACAGGUCCCACGGCUGGUGGACCCAACCUGUGCCUCCAGGGCUACUUCUGUCCCCCCGGCUCCCAUUCAGCCAUGGCCAACCCGUGCCCUCGGGGGACAUUUGGGCCCAGGCAAGGGGCCAGUGCAGAGCUGGACUGUGAGUUGUGCCCAGCAGGGAUGUUCUGCUCAUCAGAAGGGCUGUCCCAGCCAUCAGGGCUCUGCCAUGCGGCCUACUACUGCACAGGAGGAGCAGUGUCUCCCACACCCCUCAGACACAAGGUGGAGGCCCCAGGAUUCUCUGGGAAUGACAUCUGCCCGCCUGGCUUCUUCUGUCCCAGAGGAACAGGCUUCCCAGUGCCAUGCCUGCCUGGGUUUUACUCCUCUGCUCCAGGCCUGGCCAGUGAGGACCAGUGCCUGCCGUGUCCCCCAGGGCACUACUGCAGCCAUCCUGGGCUGUCCCAUGCCAUGGAAGCAGAGCUCUGCGAUGCAGGGUACAUCUGCCUGGGAGGCAGUGCUGUGCCCUCACCUUCUGAUGGAACCCAAGGCUACAGAUGUCCCCCUGGUUUCCACUGUCCCCCAGGGGCUCACAGCGAGCAGCCCUGUGAGCCUGGCACCUUCAGCCCAUUGCCUGGGGCUGACACCUGCCUGCCCUGUCCAGGGGGCACCUACUGCCAAAAGGCUGCUACUGUGAAGCCCACAACCUGCCCCAAAGGUCACUAUUGCCCAGGAGGGACAUCCUCCGCUCUUCCCUGCCCUGAGGGAACCCUGAACCCACGGGAAGGUUCUCUCUCCCCUAGGGCCUGCCAUCCCUGUCCUGCAGGGAGGUAUUGCCCUGGGGAGGGCAACGGGCAGACUGAGGGACCCUGCUCAGCUGGUUACUACUGUGAGGGGGGAGCUGCCAGCCCCACUCCCCAGAGAAAAUCUGCCUUUCCCCUCAAUGGACCUUGCCCACAAGGCCACUACUGCCCCCAGGGGACUCUGUACCCUGUGCCCUGCCCCAUGGGGACAACAAGGAGUAGCCCAGGUGGCACCUCUGAAGAAAGCUGUGGACUGUGCCCAGCUGGAUCCUUCUGCCCUGGCCUGGGCCUAAGCUCUCCUAUCAGUGCCUGUGUGGCUGGCUCCAAAUGCUCCUGGGACCUCAGGACCUCCAGCCCCAUGGCUUUCCUCUGCCCUCAGGGUCACUUCUGCCAACCAGGGUCUGCUUGGCCUGCCCCCUGCCCUCAAGGGGAGUACCAGCCCUCCCUAGGCUCAGACACCUGCCUCUCGUGUCCACCUGGCUUUCACUGUCCUCAUCCCGGCACCAAAAUGCCCAGGCUUUGCCCAGCUCAUGCCUACUGCCCAACCGGAACGUGGUCCCCUCCUCCGUGUCCUCCAGGGACCUUCACAUCCCAAGAUGCAUCAGGCCUCUGGGAAGAGGGUGACUGCUCCGUCUGUCACCCUGGUAGCUACUGCAGAGGUGGACGGGUGUGGGGGAAAUGCCCUGCUGGUUAUUUCUGUCCUGCUGGGACCUCCGAACUGACGACACAAGGUCCCACGGAGUCUCAGCCCUCGUGCCCCCAGGGACAGCUGUGCGCCAAGCAGUGCCCACCAGGCUUUUACUGCCCAGAGGGCAGUGGAGAACCCACCUUAUGCCCACCUCAUACUGUGUCGGCUGCCCCUGGAGCCAAGCAGCAAGACGAUUGUGGGCCUUGCCCUGCUGGGCACUGGUGCAAAGCCGGAGACCCAACCACUCACCCCUGCCCUGCUGGCCACUACUGCCCUGGAGGGAAUAAGACCAGUCCAGGAACCCCCCAGGCCUGCCCUGAACACACCUAUCUGGCUGCAGAAGGAGGCCAGAGUCUGGCAGAGUGCCUCCCUUGCCCUCCCGGGUACCACUGCCUGUCCCCAGGUCUCUCUUCCUUCAAAAGCCAGCCAUGUCCUCCAGGCUACUGGUGUCCAGGUGAUCAGGGUGCCUUUCUCUGUCCACCUGGCACCUUUCGAACAAAGCCAGGAGCAUCAUCCCAAGAAGACUGUGAGCUCUGUCCCCCUGGCCACUACUGCCCCCAGGCUGAGCUUCAAGAUCAUGCAAAUAUGUUUGUGAUCCCCUGCAGAGCUGGAGCUGAGUGCCCUGCAGGUUCUGUGGCUGAGGUCACAUGCAGGGCUGGCUCCUACUGCGGGCCCCAGACAGGGGUACCCCCACUUUGCCCUGGGGGCUAUGCCUGCCCUGCUGGCUCUUCCACCUACACUGGCCCAGGGCAGCUCUGUGUGUUUCCCUUUUACUGCCCCGUGGGCAGUGCCCAUCCACGUGCAUGCCCUGGGGGCUCUGAGGCCCUGAAUGGAACUGGCCUUAGGGUCUCCAAGGAGACUUGCUGCCGCCUCUGUGAAGCAGGCACCUACCGCAGCCAGGCCCUGGAUUCCCAAACCUGUCAGCCCUGUCCCCCUGGAUUCACCUGCCACCAGGGUACAGAGAGUUACCACAGCCACCCCUGCCCAGUGGGGCACUACUGUCCUGCUGGGACUCACAGCCCAAGGCCCUGCCCAUUGGGAACGUUUAGAAACAGCAGCCAGGCAGGGGCAGCUGGAGAGUGCCUGCCAUGCCCUGCAGGCUCCUUCAGUGCCCAACCUGGCCAGGCUGGCUGCCUCCCCUGUGGGAGCUCUGCUUUCUCUCCACCCGGUGCCUCCAGCUGCAUGUGUCGGGGCCUGAACAGGGUCUUCCAGAAGUCAGAUGGUUCCUGCAUCUGCCAGGCAGGACAUGAGUCCUAUAGCAAAAGGGGCCUGGAAAGUGAGGAGAGCAACGGUGAUGAAGAUUGUCAGCCCCAGGUGGCAGAGCGAUGCUGGGCUGGAGAAGUUCGCCUGGCUGCCACCCGCAAGUGUGUGACCCCACAACUGCAUGACUGCUCCUCCUUCUGUCACCCAGUGGGUGGAGAGCUCAGUGCUGAACUGGGCAUCUGCCAGUGCCAGGAGUAUAUCUCAGCUGAAGAGCUCUGCGAUGCCCAGUGUCUGGCCAGGGCCCCCCAGCUUGCCCUGGCCUGGGGUUCCAGCAGACAGCUGAUCCUCAGUGUGAAGAGUGAGACAGGAGACAGCGACCAGAGUGAAAUAGUGAGCACUCUGGGUCCAGACCAGUUCUUCCAAGGGAACGCCAGGGUCCAUCUGAUCCAAUGUGGCCCCCAUGGCAUCUUUGGCUUUGUCAUCUCCAGAGUGGACAUGCUUGGCUCCUUCCUCCUUGGACCACCUGUAUCCCAGCCCUGGCUGCAAAGGCAUCAUCGGACUACAGGACCGGAACACUCUGUCCCUCAUGACCCCCACAUCCAUCCCCAUAUUCCAAAUCCAGUGGUCUGCCUGGCAGAGGGGGAUGUGAUUCUUUUCCAGCUUUAUAUUCUUCCCCACAAUCGCUCAGCCAGCCACUAUCCUGUGUACCAGGUAAUCUCAGCUAAGCUGUCUGGGAACUUGGAGGGGCCACGGUUCCUCAUGUGUAAGACAGAGCUGGGGAGGCACUACAAGGACCAGAGGAGGAUGGGAAGCCACCAACUCUGUGGGAGGUUUGCCCACCAGUUCCUAGAUCCAGGUACAUAUGUGUUUCGAGACAAUGGGCUGCCUGAAAGCUUCAUGGUGGUGUUGGUGAAGAAGAAAGGAGUGGCCUGCAGUCCCAGUCUAUCCCCUAUACAGCCCUCCUCCCCAUAUCAGCUUAUCAGGCACGGGGUCCUCAGGCGGAGGCUGCCAAACCUGGGCCCAGACUGGGCAGUGAUCACAGGAGUGCUGCUAGCUAUUGGCUUAGCAACCAUGCUGCUGACAGGCCUUAGCCUCAUACUGAGACCGCCGCUAGCCCAAGCCUGCCCUAUGAGGACUUGGAGGCCCCAGUGGAGGGGACUUGGAGGGCCUCAUGUGCCCACUGAGUAUGUGCCCCUCAGGGACAGCUUUCUAUCCUAUGAAGAUCUUAAUCCUCGGGACUCUGAGGAAGAAGCGGAUUCCAAGAAGACAGCCAUUACCUGGGGCACAGGAGAGCCACUCCCUGUGAAGACCCUAGAGGACUUCAGCACCCGUACUCUCUACGACAAGCUCGAGGACCAGAGCCUGCAUGUGGUGGCCCAACUGAACAAGCACCGGAGCGAUGCCCUGGCUUUCUACAGAGGCGCCAGCCAGCAGCUCCAGGGCCUCAAGGACAUUCUGCAGCACUUCAGCGCAACUGAGCAGCAUGUUCUGGGGAGGGGCGGAGACCUAGAAAUGGAGGUCACAGCUGCUACCAGGACAGCCACUGGGCUGAGCAAGGAAUCUUGGGGCCGCCACACUGCAGCUUCACUCAGGGAGCCCUGGCAGCAUCCUCUAGGCUGCACCACCAGUGUCUCACCCCUGGGCUUGCAGCCAGAGCUUGACAGAGUGAUCGUGGCCCUGGCAUCAGCACUUUCUCAUGCAUGUGGGCAACCAACUGGGGCCAGCAGAAAGGCCUCUCAUCAGGUUGGUGAACAGCCUCUCCCUACUUAUCAACAAGACUCUCACCUGGCAAGUAACAUGACCCUGAAGCCACAGCCUCUGCCCUUGGAUGAAGAGCACCAAAGUACAAGAUUCCAGCAGGACUUGGGACCUGGACAGCUCCCUCAGUGUGCCACCGAAGGAGGAGAUAAAAUGAGCCCAAGUUCUAUGUUGUGGAUCCUCACAGCUGGACACAGGCACAGAGCAUUUCCUGAGCUGCAGAGAAAGAUUUGGCAGGUGGAAGAUACUUUGGAUGAGAUGAACAAAGAGUUCUUCUGGCUCACUGCUCAAGCCCUGGAGCUCCAGAAAGAAAAGGACAAACCAGCACAACUGCUCCCAAGUGAAGGCAAUACAUUUGUGGAGGUUCCCAGCAUCUUCCCUUGUGAGUGGCAAGAAGAAAGACCCUACCCAGUGGAGGCAAGUGGCCCAGAAGGAGACAGUCUGGGGACCUGGGCCCUGAAGAGUGAGCAGACCCUGAUGCUGGGAGUUAGAAGAGCCCACCUGGCUCAGAGGAUUGAAGACCUGGAGUGGGAGCUGUCCCUGCUCCUCCAGGUGACAGAUGGCAGUGUGUGUGUCGGAGGGAGCUGGCCUAGCCUGGGGAGACACUGAGUCACACAGGAUAUUGCGAUGGCCAUCUGUAGGAGUGCCUUCUCCACAGAGAACAUAACCUGGUUAAUCAGCUCAUUCCUGAUAGGAAGGAGUGGGUGUCUAAGGGGCCACAAGCCUAAAGCAUGUUCUCAGUUUUAUGACAUGCUUCUUUUGGAUAAUACCCAGAUUUCUUUCAGAGCCUAAACCUUGGCUUGUGCAGAUUUCUGUCUGCCAUCUUUGGGGUAAGGGAAAAUAAAGUUAUACAGGUUGAGAAAA